GACUUUCCCUUGCAGGCAUCUCUUUCACAAAUCUUGUGUAGAUCCAUGGCUGCUAGACCAUCGUACCUGCCCUAUGUGUAAAAUGAACAUCUUAAAAGCACUAGGGAUUCCGCCAAAUGCAGAUUGCAUGGAUGAAAUACCUCCAGAUUUUGAAGCAUCUAUAGGAGGACCUCCAACCAAUCAAAUUACUGGAGCUAGUGACAUAACUGUGAAUGAAAGCUCUGUAGCACUAGAUCCUCCAGUCCGGACUGUGGGAGUAUUACAAGUAAUUCAGGAUGUUGAUCCUCUUCCACAGCCUGGGGAAAAUAACCUCACCACAAGCA